GAACCAAUGGCCAGAGCUGUGAACAUGCUUAUGCUUAGUCAUUGGACUACACGUCGCGCAUGUGCAAUGUAUAAUUUCGUAGCUAUUAUAAGAUAAACUGUCGCCGCCGUCUUAAUGCUUUGGUUAUUGAAAUAUCAAUAAUCACUGACAUACUGUGUCAUUAUGCCGUUCCAUAGAAUAACAAUUUCAUGAACACGAUUAUACACGUCGCCUGCCACCGUCCAAUAACAAUUACUCGCGUACAGUGACCUCAAAAUGUGGGUAUUCGGUUACGGGUCUUUAAUUUGGAAAGUUGACUUUCCUUUCGAAGAGAAACGCGUUGGAUUUAUCAGAGGAUUCAGCCGUAGGUUUUGGCAAGGGAGCACCGAUCAUCGAGGUGUGCCAGGGAAGCCUGGCCGGGUAGUGACAUUAAUAGAAGACCCAGAGGGCUGUGUCUGGGGUGUUGCCUACAAACUUCCCUCGGGUCGGGAGCAGGAGGUGAAGGAGUACCUCGACUACAGGGAGAAAGGCGGAUAUCAGGUGAUCAAUGUGACGUUCCACCCGAAAGAGCAGAACGGGGAACCCAUGCAAGACACCCUUCUAUACAUCGGCUCCUGUGACAACCCCGAUUACCUGGGCCCUGCACCCCUUGAAAUGAUCGCCAAGCAGAUACUGACCUCCGUGGGCCCCAGCGGCCGCAAUACCGAAUAUCUCUUCGAGCUCGCCGACUCCCUCCGCCAGUUAAUUCCAGAGGACCCCGACGAGCACUUGUUUUCCCUGGAGCGACGUGUUCGAGAGCUGCUGGAGGAUUGUGAGAAUUAAGUGACCGUCCUACAAGAUAGACAAAGCCGUCUUUACGGACCCUCAGGGUACUAAAAUUGAGACAUCCAGCGACAUCGAUGGUCACCUGGAAGGGAUACAUUUUGUGCUAAGUUGUUUCUGACUUUCUUGAAGCCGCCCAGCUGUGCUGUUGAUUUUAGCAGCAGCAAACAACAUCCCCAUCCCCUGCAUCUGUUGCACCAUCUAUUGACUGAUAAUUUCCCAUCCAUACACAUACCUGAUCAAUAUGUUACGUUACAUGUAUUACAUGAAAGAUAAACUGUCCUCCCUGUAAUUACCUGCCGCAACAUACAAACUCUAAUCACGAAUUAAGUCUAUCAGUAGGCUACAGGGUUUUUAGACUAUUUACAAAUGUCAAAGUAACCAUUUUCACACAAGUAAUUUGUCUGCACACACCUUUUGGAUAUUCCAUUGGGAGUUAAUUUGGUCAUAAGACCAUCUAGCUUUGAAGUCAUCUUUGUCUUGUGAAAAUGCAUUACUGGAUCCUUUUCUGGACAGAAGGUAUGUGGCUAUUAUGUUUUAGCCUACAUUAUCCACCUUUCUGAAAGGAAAUUGCCAUUUGUGUGAGGCAUAAAAGCCCCCUGUUGACCCCAGCGCCAGCUAGGCCCGACCGUCCAUUUCUUCACUCCUGGUUAAGAUGAUUUAUGACUGAGGUUAUCUAAUAAUGGCAAGUGUAAAAUCUGACUUAUAGCUCGAAAUCCUUGCCACAUAUUAAAUUCCGCCAUAUUUUUUUUAAACCAAAGGAACCUACAGGGCAUUGCUAUACUGCUGGCAGAGGAUGACAUUAGAUUUAACUUGCACUCAGGUCAUUGUUAUGUUCAAAACUCAACAAGUCCAAAUUGAACAAGAGCCACCUAUUUACCUCGACCACGCUGACUGAUUUUGUCAGUAACUUGAGAAAUGCUCAGAUUGUACCACAGUACCAUGAUGUGUCAUUAACAAUAAUUGCAAGUCAUUGCAUGUCUGUCAAAUAAAGAUCAUUUGCAUUCUA